GUGAUCAGAGGUCAGAGUGAUUGAGGUGAUGAUGAACCAUUCCUGCUUUCAUAUCAAUUCCAGACUUCCACCACCUGCUCCGCCGAAGGAUCACAAUUCGAUCAUUGUAGCAGCAAAGGACGACUGUAGCACUCAGGAUGAGGAUUUCUAUCCCGAACAUACCCUUGCCAUCCGCCAAGAACCCUGCAUUCGUCAACCCUCUCGCCGAUAUCUCACACAACGAUGCGGUCCAGCGUGUCAAACGGUUUCUCGAUCAAGGUCGAGGCAAGAGCCUCGUCCUGACAGGUGCAGGAGUAAGUGUGGAUAGUGGAAUCAGGGCAUACAGAGGAACAGAGGGACAUUAUACCCAAAACCCGAACUUUAGGCCGAUCUUCUAUGGAGAGUUAAUGGACACCGGUCCCAAGGGCGAUCUGUACCGUAAACGAUAUUGGGCUCGAUCUUUCAUUGGUUAUGUACCGGUCAGGAAGGCCGUGCCGAACCCUACACAUAUGUACAUCGCGUCUCUUCAACGCUUAGGACUGGCGCCAACGCUGAUAACGCAAAAUGUGGAUCGACUGCAUCACAAAGCGUCCCCGUACCCUCUGACUGAAACGGAUCGACGGACACUGGAGCUGCAUGGCACGCUACACUAUGUUCACUGUCCCAAGAACCACCACGUGCUCGAACGAGAUGAAUGGCAAAAGUUGCUUGCAUCGCUGAAUCCGCGAUGGCAAGAGAUCGUAGAGGAAACUCGAGGUCGGCCGGUCAAGAUGAAUCCUGAUGGAGACGUUGAUCUCGGGGAGGUACAAUACGACCAAUUUGUGGUUCCUUCAUGCGGAGAAUGCGAGAAAAAUGGGAUCAAGGGCUCAAUAGUCAAGCCGAAUGUGGUAUUCUUCGGGGAGACCAUCACAGAAGAAGUGAAGGACCGAUCACAUAAAAUGAUCGAUGAUGCUUCCUCGGUACUGGCAAUGGGAACUUCAUUAGCAACAUACAGCGCCUUCCGGCUGAUCAAACAGGCGGUCGAUGCCAAAAAGCCAGUCCUCAUCCUGUCGACUGGGCCUACGCGCGCUGAUGGUCUCCCUGGCGUCGACAAGAUCGAGAUGCGAGCGGGACCCGUACUCGAGGACGUUUUGCAGCUAUACCUCAAUGGUCGGCAAGGGCCAGCAUACGACCAUGUUCGACAUCUAAUGACUAAAGGAGUGAUCAAAGAAGCACCCCAAUCACGAACACCUCCUCCUGAGGCAUCUAGCGCUGGAUCAUAGCAACCUUGGACAGGGAUUCGUGCAAAAACUUGGCACAGUUACACGCGGGAGUCAGCUGAGAAUAAUGCCUUGAUUACCAAUCUCGUCGAGAAGCCCGGCGCACCGAUGUGGAGAUGGACUUCCGAUCUUUCGUCUUCUACACGGCUUGGUCACGAUAUCGUUCUGUCGCCGUGACACCAUCUUAUACCUUGAACCCCACGUCGUAUGCAUAAUGAAUCACGAAUGUUACAGUGGCAGAUCGCCCGCCCUUGUGAAUUGAUUGCAAUACGCAGUAAAUUCACCACAACACCCAAUGACCUGGAG